AUGUCAACUCUGCAAGAAUCUGACCGGGAUGACUUAUCUGUGGCAGGGGUGCAGCCUUUUAUAGAGGAGAAAGAGCUGGAGGUUUUGGAGAAAAGACAUUCAGAUCUUUGGUUAAACGAAAAACGGGCAAACAAUCUAGAAGACAGUGUGAUUGAGUUUGAUGAAGAUUUGGCCUCAGAUCCAUUAGAUUCGGAAUAUGUCCCACCUAUAUCUUUGAGUGCUGGGGCACAUCAAUCAUAUUGGAAUGGUUCUGCUCUUAUGGACACAAGUUAUGGAUGUGGAACAGUCAACCUUCAAAAGAUGGCAUUGUGGCCCUUGCUGACGGGAGAAUGGACUCACCAGGUCAUUCUGCAACCCCUCAUGCAUCCAGAACGGGGAAGAUAUAUGGAUCAUGGAGUUACCCAUUCCCUGGAUGUCUGGCAUGCUGAAAAAAAUCUAACUAAGAGGCUUCAUGCUGUCAAAAACAAAUCCUUGGGUGGAUCAAGGACAUUGUUAACCAUUUUUGGUAUGCCUGUCAGCAUGCAAGCAGCCGAGAAGAGUUCAUGGACAUUUGGCGAGGUGUACUGCACCAUGUUAGUGGCGUGCAUGAGUGGGACCUGGAUCGUGCUGAACCGCAGAUGGCUGAAGGAUGUGGAGAAGUUCCUCACAUUUCGGACCACCUCACAGCUGGAAUCAUUCCAAAACCAUAUUCUGAUCCGUCCGGCACAUGUGAACAGCAAAGGCCAAGUGUCCCUAAAGAGACUAGAGGACUCUUUUGAAUGUACGCGUGUUGCAGUCCGACAACAAGAAAUAGUCAAUUCUGCCCCACCUGUGGAAAAUGUCAAAGCGCGCUGGCCAGCACUUCAUACAGAGAGACAGGUCCUGGCAGAAUUUAACCAGAUCACCAGCUCCAAACUGGGCAAUGAUUUCGUUGAAGCAUUGGAUUGCCUAACGACACAGUUCAUCAAGCUCUUUAAGGCCAAAAGGGGGUCUGCUGGCGCUAAGCUUUCCAAGAUUGUCCGGCACCUCGAUUCCUGUCAGAGGAGAUGGAGAAAGGAGAAAGGUACACAUCAAAAGAGAUGGUGGAACUGCAGGAAAACCCUGGUGACCGAGAGAUCCUUAAAGAUUAUAAUUCUUGACAUGAGUGAAACACAUGGACAAAUGCCUUCCCGAAAACAAAAAAAGCUAUGCUCUUAG